GUACUAAGGAUUUUCGCUCUGUAAUUUCACAAUCAUUGUUUUUUGGUUCCCACUGCUGCUCUUUGCAUGUGGAGCUCUACUCCAAAACUCUGUUCAUAAGUCGCCCCCACGUUUCCUUGCGUAGUUUGUGGGUUUACACCUCUCUCCCACCAUUUCCUACUACACACCAAAAAAUAUUCCCUUCCUUUCUAACACAAAACAGUGUCAGGAAUUUCGAAGAUUCCAAACCAGGACGAUCUUCGAGAUAGAUAGAGGUACGAAUUCUUGGAGCUUUUGGGUGUAUUGGGUUUGUCUCUGUGCUCGAUUUGGUGAUCUGGGUGCUGCUGCAUUUCCCCAGUUAAUCUUGAGUUUCAAAGUUUGAAGCUUUUGAUAUGAAGUAGGCAAAGUUUGAAGCUUUGAUAUAAAGUAGGCUGCUUUGAUCUGAAUUCUGAGGGUUUGAUUGUGUUCUUACGGAUUUUGUGGGAUUUUGGUUUUAUCUGAAGACUAUUUUUUCAGUGUAGUUUUGGUGAGACCAAGUAAAACUAGUAUAGAAGACUUUGGUUUUACCAGGUCAUUUUGAAUUGGGGGUUUCUGAAAUCUCAAGAGAAUUUCAGCCAAUUACUGCUGGUUGUUGUCGAUACACUGUUAGGCAGACAUUGUAGGAUCGAAUUUAGCUUUUGUAAUGGUUUAGCUGAUCUGUGAUUCUGUGACUGAAAGCGACUAGAAAUUGUUGAUGGAAACUACAACAAUCCAGAACUAGGGAGUUUUCCGCAUUCAAUUUGAAUCCAAAUGUCUUCAACAACAUCACCUUCUCCAAAUUCUUCACCCUCUGCAAACCCACCAACCAGCUCAUCAAAUUCCACAACUACUGCCACCAAUGGCUCCUCCCCUCCUCCACAAACUUCCUCUUCUUCUCCUCCUCCAGCCGCCUCAGCCGCUCCCCCUCCAGCAUCCUCACCGCCACCGCCUGUACCAUCAUCACCACCUCCUCCUAGUGUAGCAUCAUCUCCACCACCAGCUUCCCCACCUCCAAAGUCUCCCCCUUCCCCUCCUCCUCCUGCUUCACCUCCAGCAGCAUCACCGCCACCUCCAAAACCAACUACUACCCCUCCCCCGGCUGCACCACCAUCAGGAGGCUCCCCUCCUCCCAAAGCCUCCCCAACACCCCCAUCAAACACCUCACCGCCACCUAAGUCCCCUCCUCCUCCAGCUGAUGCAUCACCACCUUCAGCCAAUUCUCCACCACCACCAAAAGCGCCAGAAAAGUCUCCUCCCUCCCCCACUGUUACACCACCUCCAUCUGGUUCUCAGUCUGCUCCACCACCAGCUGAUAACACCCCUCCUGAGUCCACAUCACCACCGCCUUCAGUUCCCUCAUCGUCUUCCCCUCCUGCUCCGCCCAGUAAUUCAUCAACUCCUACACCCUCGGUCACACAGAAGCCAACUGCAAAGUCAACCGCAAAUGGUACACCUGGAAGUUCAAAAGGGUUGAACACUGGAGGAGCUGUGGCAAUUGGAAUUGUGGUCGGGGUGCUGGUGCUCAGUCUUGUUGUGAUGGCUGUGUGGUUUGCUAAGAAGAAGAAGAGAAAAAGUGGAUCGACUCUUUACACCAUGCCUUCUCCCUUUGCUUCAUCCCAGAAUUCAGAUUCUGUAUUUUUGCGGCCACAAUCUCCAUCUCCCCUCGCAGGAAAUGGUUCUGGUAAAGAAUUCAUGUAUGCACAAUCAGAGUCUGGAGCAAGCAAUUCAAGAUCAUGGUUCACAUAUGAAGAACUGAUCCAAGCCACAAAUGGAUUCUCAAAACAGAAUCUUUUGGGUGAAGGGGGAUUUGGUUGUGUGUACAAAGGUAUCUUGGAAGAUGGAAGAGAAGUUGCUGUUAAACAGCUGAAAAUUGGUGGUGGACAAGGGGAACGUGAGUUCAGAGCUGAAGUUGAAAUCAUCAGUCGAGUACAUCAUCGUCAUUUGGUUUCCCUGGUGGGUUACUGUAUAUCUGACCAUCAAAGGUUGCUUGUCUACGACUUUGUUCAAAAUGAUACCCUUCAUUACCAUCUUCAUGGUCAGGACAUGCCGGUUAUGGAUUGGGCAACUAGAGUCAAAGUUGCCGCUGGUGCAGCUCGUGGGAUAGCUUACUUACAUGAAGAUUGCCAUCCUCGCAUUAUUCAUAGAGAUAUCAAGUCAUCAAACAUUCUUCUAGAUGGCAAUUUUGAAGCUCAGGUUGCGGACUUUGGGCUUGCAAAGCUAGCAUUGGAUACAAAUACACAUGUAACCACACGAGUCAUGGGAACAUUUGGAUACAUGGCUCCAGAAUAUGCAACAAGUGGAAAGUUAACAGAUAAGUCUGACGUUUAUUCUUAUGGUGUUGUACUAUUGGAGUUGAUUACUGGUCGCAAGCCUGUGGAUGGCUCUCAGCCAUUGGGUGAUGAGAGCCUUGUUGAAUGGGCUCGGCCUUUGCUUACUGAUGCUGUUGAAACCGGAGACUUAAGUGAGCUGGCAGAUCCAAGGCUGGAUAAGAAUUAUGUUGAGAGUGAAAUGUUUCGAAUGAUUGAGGCGGCUUCAGCUUGUGUUCGUCAUUCAGCUACAAAAAGGCCACGAAUGAGACAGGUGGUAAGAGCUUUAGACUCCUUGGAUGAUACCUCAGAUCUCAGCAAUGGAAUGAAACCUGGCCAGAGUGAAGUUUUUAAUUCCGCAGAACAGUCUGCACAAAUUAGAAUGUUCCAAAGAAUGGCAUUUGGUAGUCAGGAUUACAGUACGAGUUACUUUAAUCAAAGUCAGAGUAGCUGGAAAAGUAGAGAUAACGGUGACCAAACUCGAAGUAGCUGGAAUAGAGAUCAGCGAGAACAGAGUAGAGAGCAUGGGGACCAAACUCGGAGUACCUGGAGUAGAGACCAGAGAGAUAAGGAUACUGUAAUACCCAUAGAUAGAUCUAGAGGAUGGAACAUUUGAUACAAUUUAAGGCACAUGUUGCAAUCUAGAGUUCAACCAACUAUAUUGGGCUGUUGGAACAGGGUUGUGUUGCUCAUUUUUCGCAUAAUUUUUUGUGUUCUCUGCUAACAUGAGUUUGUUGCAAGGAUGCCCCAUUUCUGUAUUCUUUUGUAAUGUAGAUUCAUUGAUACAGUAUUGUAUGUAAGCUAUUAUUUGAGGUUUUUAUAUAGAAGGUAUAACAUACAUGCGUUCAAGCCUUUUCAUUU